AUGGACACGGCACAGUUCCGUGGGCGAGAUUGGCGACUCACAACAGAAGGGCGCCAGACAUGUCUUGGUACAGCAAGACUUAAGCUUUCACAAAUCCAUUUUGCAGAAUCACCCUGGCGUCCGGAUGAACAGCAGUUAUACUACCUGCGUGAAAAGUUCCACAAAGCAAAGCUCGAGAGGCUUAAACCUCGUAAUCAUUUAAAAGCUAUUGUUUCGCGCCAGAGCCUUGCUCAAGCACUACGGCAUGCCGGCAUAGAGGAAUCGAUUUUACGGAACCCUGACCCAACAGCAUGGCCUGUUCUGGAUUUUCCGAACAAAGAGAUAACAUCACUUCAAGGGAGGUAUCGUGUUGAGCUUGGACGCGAGCUUCUUCCACCGGGUGAUCAAUGGUGGGCGGUUGAUUUGUAUCCUCCUGAGAUAUCAACCGAGUUACAAGAUGAUCUGAGAGAAGAAUAUGCCAACGAGGUAGCCUAUAGUGACGGUGAAAUUUACUAUCACAUCGGCCGAUAUCAUGAACUAGGCGAUUACGAAUCGGAGAAUAAGUGGUGGUCUCGUUUGUCGGGUAAAAAGGAGAAAAAAGUCCGAGCAAUGAUGCGGAAUGACAACAUUCGCCCGGCCAUGGAUCGACUCCGAGCGAUUCCCGCUCUUUGGAAUGGAAUCUACUGGGGUAAAUGGCACAAAAUCGAGGGAACCCAUUGCGACGAGAGCAUCAUCCGCUACUUCGGCAUAAUAUGGGAUUUAUGGGGAGGUAUGUUCAAUUUUGAUCUAGGUCUACUGCGCCAAAUUCAGGCCGAGGAUGUGAAGGCUUUACAAGGUUUGGCGCCUGGAUCGAGUUCUGAGGAUCAUGAAACGGCUCGGGUUCUUUUUGAAGGGAGAGCGAUUUUUAAAGCAUUUCGCCAGGUGGAUGUCGACCGAGCCUGGCACCGGGUACGAACGUACAAAUGGACAAUUCCCACUCUAUUGACUUUCUUCAAAGACAUCCUGAUACUUGAGAAAUGUGCUGCGCAGGUGCAAAAGAUAAUUACCAAGCCACGGCGUGGUACCAUCUAUUCGACAAUGAAUUUCAUGUUCGGAGCGGAGGGGGAGGAGGGCCAAAGCCUGUAUUGCAGGAUUCAGACGUCAGAACAAACUAAUCGCCAAAUUCGAUGUGAUGAUAGGUCUCUGCGCUUUGAGAUAUGCUACCGACAGGUCUGGCUUUCCACAAUCCGACACUGCCUGCGUGGGAAAAGAAGUCGGUUGCGCAAUACCCCCAAUGCAGUACACGACGGCACGUCUGCGCUCAAGCAAAUUGCAACCCUAGCUCUAGAUCUAGGGUUCAGAUCUCACUCAAUAGAUAGUCUCAUUUCACGAGACGUGCCACCCCCAUUAAGCAGGCAGGAAACUGAGCAUCACGAGCAUAAUAUCGCGGUGUCGGGAUAUCCUAAGCAAGAGGACCGAUAUGGCAUCCCCCACGCUACCACUUUGCGGGAGGACUGCCAGAAGCUUUUUCUUGAUACCAUGCACCAGGCUCCUAUGCGGCGAGAAAGGGUAACCAGCUUUUUGGUACUGCAAAGUCAGUACAUUAGAUUUUUCGGAGAGCUACCUACUGAUGUUCCUGGGGUUUCCACAAACGAUGGUCAAAUUCCUAGUAGGGCAUCAAACAUGAACGAAACCCUGCGACCCGCGAAUCCACAAACCAGCCGGCAAGAAGCCGAGCCUUCGACCGCUCCGGCGAACUCUCCGAGCCCAGCAAAUGAAACUGGACCUUCGACCGCGGAAGGAACUUCCUCAUCACACUUCGGGGCGUCGGAGGACCAGCCACAUACGUCCAAUUCAGAUGCCCAACCUGAAGCAGUGAGGAUCAGUUCCCCAGAGACCGUGGAAAACCAACCAUCGUCGUCUCACCCGGAGACAACCCAGCCUUCGACCGCUCCGGCAAAAUCUCCGAGCGCAGCAAACGAAAGAGAGUCAGACAGCCCGUUCGUCAGCUCUGCAGAUCAAUCCGAUGCCUCUGAAGAUAUUGAAAUGGCCGAAGUCACACCAGAGAGGCCUACUGACGAUCUCCGCGACGGUGAGGCUCCGACUUCGGGACCAGCACGAAGAGUAACCAACGAAGAAUCAUUACGGUUGCUUGAACAAGAAAAGAAAAAUUGGCAAGAACUCAACAGCAUAGCUAAACAUCAGGAAGUGCAAACAGGUACAUUCCUUCAUCAAGCGACGGAGCAGUUAAAAGACUUGAGUGAAAUCGCUGUGCAAUUAGAUUCAGAUGAGCUGCUGCUGUCCGGAAAAUCCAAGAGAAUCAGUCUUGUUCAAAAAUGCACCACGCAAAAGGAAGGGCUCAGUGUCCAUAGGGUGUUUCUGGAGGAUUGUGUCUCUACUUGUGCGUCUCUAAUAAAGGAUCUGGACAGAACGAUGGCGAUAAACAUAGACCGCGGUCCAUCCAAUGACCACUUUGCAGACUUGAAUGAGCGCGCCUUGCACGAAGCCGACACAGUAAUGCACAGACUUGCAGAGAUGGAACAUACUGGCACACUUCAGCGGAGUCAAGUUUUGUACGCUGUCAAAGAAACCACGCUAAGACAAGCAGAGGGAAGAUUAGACCACCUCCGGCGGGACUUAUUGUGCCAACGUAUCUCGGUGAACAAUCUCAAGAUACUUUCUAUAUUAUCCCGCACGUUUGGGACGAACGACAUCUCACAUAUUUCGAAAUAUCAUUAUCUCAAAUUAGACUCUUUAAACGGCGAUUUGGAGAGGCUAGGUUCGAAGCUUCUCCCAUCCGAUUCGCCUCCCAUGAAUGCUACAGUCCAAUCCUUUCAUGGAAGACACUUAGUGGAACAGGACCGUGCUAAGACGGUUACAAACGACCUGGUAGACAUCAACAAGGGGUACCAGGAUCCUUUCCGAUCCUUUUGCAUGGUUGAAGAUAACCUUGAAUCUACUAACGACCAGUCUUGCGAAUCCACUGUCCUUCAUCAAGAGGAAUGGAUUUUGCAAGAUCAUAUUAAAAUUCAGAAUACGCUAUCACAAUUGGACUCUAAGCUUCAUCGAGGGAUACUAAAUGUGAAUGAGAUAGAUCGCUCGUUCGUACAGGAAUGUCUACAAUCUGAAUCAGCACGGUACAGACAAAAGUUGGACAGCCAAAGCAGCUACCUUGGAAGAACAGAAACGCUCCUUCAAUUGGUGGGAGACUGCGCCAGGAAAGGACAUUAUGAGGCGGAAGUGAAGCAGCAGAGAAUAAAACUAGCGGAGGAUAUGGAAUUUGCGGCUUCGUUGGAAAAAGACCUGGAAAGUACUCCAGACCUACAGACACUUCAGCGGCGAAAAAGUGAACUUGAUGUCAAGUUUGAGAUUGCAGCAGAGCGGGAUAGCUGGCAAAGAAUAAUUGACGCGGCCAUUAGCGAAGGAGGAAAAGAGAGCCCUACAGAACAUAACUUUAGAGCUGCCACGGCAGGCCUGGAGGAAGAUGUGGUAUCAGCAAAUCAAGCGAACCCCAAAGAGCCAGAUUUAGGUGGCAGUGGAAUCGAACAAGAGCCAUUGCCGUCGCCAUCACAGUCGGAAAGACAAGAGAGGGAAAGAACGGGGCAAGAUCGAAGUUCUAACAGCCUCCAGCAAGAGCUUGACAGCCUCCAUCAGCAGAUUUCGGCCGUACGAUGUGAUGCAAAGACCAGUUAUCAGUUUUCUUUAAAGGCAAGAAGCCAUAUGAAUCAUGCAUUUACAAUAUUUCUGGACGCCGGGAUAAGUGCGCGAGCGUUUGACGACGCUUACCUACAAAGGACCAAUGCAGAAGUAUCUUGCUUGGAAGCUGACGCGUCGUGGCAAAUGGCCCAGAAGAAAAGUGAAUGUCUCGGAAACAACGUUGAGGUUUGCGUGCUGUUCAGCCAAGCACAAGAGAGAGCACAAAAUGUGUUUAAAGUAGUCGCGAGAGCAGAGACGUCACUGGUUAAUGCUGUGAGAAACGUGCUUGAGCACAAGGUAGAUCUGGCGGAAACGGCCAAGUGUGAGGCUCUCGAUGAGACAAGAGCUACGACAGACACCCGCUUACGGUUUGACUUGGACGGAAUGGAAGCUGUAUUCGAGGAAGCGGAAAAGUCAUGUGAAAAAUUCGACCUGGCAGCAGAAAAUUUGAUGAAAGAGGCGAAUCUCCUGGGUCAAGCGGGUGAGUAUGGGGUUCAGACUAUAGAGCAGGGGAGGGACAGAUUGAAACAAGCACUGGAAAAAUACAGACAGGCAGAGGAGGCUGCUAAGAAUGUGAAAGAAAAAUGGCUGCAGAUGCAUCAGGAUGAAGAGAGUCUCGCAGAUGAGACAGGAGAAGCGGGAGAAGAUUUGAGUGAUAAGAACGGUAUCAGCCCGAUCCGUGAAGCGCCAAUUUCUGGUACAGAGGAUGUCUCCGCAAUUCAAGAUGAUUCGAUUGGUCAAGAUUCGGAACGUGGACCGACAUGUCAAGGACAGGCGAAGCAGUCUAUGCAGGAAGUUUCAGAAGGACACGAGCAAGAAAACGUGGAACAUAACCAAAGCGGACGGAAAAAAGAAACGGAAGCACCGUUAACAAAUGAUUCAGAAAUCCUUGGUCAAGGAAAUGUGAGACAACCUGCUCCGGAUCGGAAACGCAAAAUCCAGGAAGAUAUUCCGAUACGGGAAAGUCAACGCCUACAAAUCAGCCACCAAUUCAAGCUCUGGAUUACACAGGAACACAACAAAUGGGAACUAUUUUCUUGUGAUAUACAGAAGCGAUAUGUUUCCGGGUUCGCUGCUCUCCUCCAUGGCAAAGGGCUCACAUAUCUUUCCAAGGUAGUGAAAUAUCGUCCAGGCUCGUAUACAGUUUCUAGCAUUGCGGUCAGAGAAUUCCAAGCAGUGGUCACCAACGGAGAUGCUUUAUGUAUCAUCGCCAGCAAAGUAGCGAAUAAUUGGUGGACGACCCCUAUGAUCCGCAACUACUGUAACUCCCUUGAUGCGGUAAGGCUACAGGAAUACAAUAGCAUCGUCUGGACGCCACAAACGCAAUUCGACCUCGAAAAGCAAGAUAAUCAAUUCCGGGCUGUCUAUAUUAGGAGGUAA